ACUUAUAGGUAAGAGUUUUUUCGUUAAUUUUUCGAUGCACGGGAAACUAAGAAGCGUUAUCUUCUGUUUUGAGUGAAUUCGUGUAUGAUGCUAAAAGCAUACAUAUACAUUCGCAAGUGUUAUUGUUAACUUUGGAAUCAACAUUUUUUAAAAUAGUCUAAAAUUGGCUUUUUGGAAUGUAUUUUACACCCCUUUAUUUUGAAUUUUUCGUUGGAUAAUUGAAUACAUUUGUGCUUAUUUGCAGAUUAAGAAUAUUUUUCGAGGUUAAAUAGAAUAUAAACAACACAAAAUGUCUGGAGACGUGAACAUGCAAGGAGAUAGGGAAUCUGGACCAGUAUAUGGUGGGUGUGAAGGACCUGAUGCUAUGUACGUCAAAUUGGUGAGCAGCGAUGGUCACGAAUUUAUUGUUAAACGGGAGCAUGCUUUAACUAGUGGUACUAUAAAGGCAAUGUUGAGUGGUCCUGGUCAAUUUGCUGAAAAUGAAGCUAACGAGGUUAACUUUAGAGAAAUACCAUCACAUGUUCUGCAAAAAGUUUGUAUGUACUUUACAUACAAAGUUCGGUACACUAACAGCAGUACAGAGAUCCCAGAAUUUCCUAUUGCACCAGAAAUAGCUCUGGAACUGUUGAUGGCUGGAAAUUUCUUGGAUUGUUAAACUUCAAUAAGUAUGUUGUUUUGGAAGAUAAGCAGAAAAUGAAAGCACUGCAAGGAAGCAUUGUUUACUCAGGAUUUAUCACUCUACUUUAUAUGAGAAGAAAUAUGUAUCUCUUGGUGAUAAACCAAUUUUUACCACAAAGUAAAACUCAGGUUUAAUUAAUUUCUCUUAUACCGCAGAUAAAAUAUGGACGUUGAUAUAGAUACAAUUCAAUUCUUACCUUACGGAUAGACUAUUUUACGUAAAGAUGUAGGUCGAUAACCAAGAGAGAUUAUAGUCUGUUCAAUUGUAAGAACUAAAAUUUUACAAGGGCAGUAAAAUGCAUCAAUGCAAAAUGUCCAUCUGCUGAUAACAUAAAACUCUAUGUCACAUAUUAUUAAAUGAUAUACGUAUUACUUGAUAAUUACAAAUAUUUCAACCAUUUAUGAGAACAAAUUGACUUAUAACAAGUAAAUAAUUUUAACCGUUUUCUUGGUAGUUUUCACCUGCUUUUUGCUCAUUAAAACAGCUUAGUUAGAAAACCUUUUAAAUCUUAAAUAGACGUUAAUAUUAUUUCCCAGAAAGAAAUUGUUAGAAGAAUUGUAGGUAAAAUUUCAAAUCAUGGAUGCAUAAAACCUCUUUUGUAUGUACAUUGAAAAUAGUCGUACCUUGCGUUAAUAAUGUUUGCAAUCGUUUUCAUAAAAAAGAAAGAGAGCCUGACAUCACUUUCGUAUUAACAAAAAUUUAUUGUAAAUUGUACGUUUUAUUUUUUACAUUUAUGUAACAAGCUCUUCGUGUUGAAUAUGUAAAAAUUAUUCCUUUUUCAAUUAAAUACCUUUAAAAUGAUCUUUUUUCAAAAGUUGAUUGACACUUAUAUAAUAGCUAAAACAUUUAUACAGACUUGAAAAAAAAUUAAAUUUUGGUGCAUGUUAUAAUUAGUACAGAACAGUAGAAUGAAUCCCUUCACUUUUAGCUUAGAACAAAAUAUAAGCCAACGAAAUAACUAAUCAAUUCAUCUUUUUGCAGAACUAAUUAAUAUGGUUUAUGUAUUUUAUUUUUGUUUAACAAGUAUAUGUACAUUUUAGUCUUUUGAGGUUUCUAAUUAAUUAGAGAAUCAGACAAAAAUAGUGACAGAUUAGUCAUGCCUCACUUUUGUGUUCCCCUGAUUAACUGAUACUUAUGCGUAUACCGUACAGUGUCUUGAAAAUGCUAUAUAACAAAAACAUAACAUGUUAGGAAUGUGAAAUGAAUGAAAGGUCUGAACUAUAGCAUAUUAAGGAAUUUCUAUUGUAUUACCAUAAAUUAGCUAAAGAGUGUAGUCAGAGAAAUUAGGAAUGCAAUUUGCAUAAAAAACUAUAUAAUUUUUAAAUAAUUUUUUGUACACCUUGUUUUGUUUGAAGUAUUAAAUUAUUGUUAUUUGAAUCAUAGUUAAAUAGACAGUGAAAUAUUGAGGAUAAUAAUUCGUACCCCAUAUAUGAUUUAAACAGCUAAUAAUAAAUAUUAAUCUUUGAAAAAUA